UGAAACAACUCACUUCGACCCCCAAGGCCGUGUUCUGUAUAUACAUACACGCAUAUAUAUAUACCUUACGCACUCGCAGCCCCUCGCUUCUAGGGACUGCGCAUCUGGACAGGGGCAAACACACGGUGCAUGGCAAAGCGCUUCCACUGAAACCUUCGACCGCUCCCGCUCCCGCAAAGCGCACCACUUCCGCCCCUCGACGCGAAUAGAAGAGACGAGCAGCCAGUCUGACAGCGGCCACUCGGUACCAGAACACGACAAUGGCAGCUCCAAACGCACGACCUGGCGCUCCACAGAUCCAGCCGUGCAGAUACAAGACUGGCAAGACGUUGGGAGCUGGCUCGUACUCGGUCGUCAAGGAAUGCGUCCACAUCGACACAGGCCGCUACUACGCUGCCAAGGUCAUAAACAAACGUCUGAUGGCCGGCAGAGAGCACAUGGUGUGUCCCUUGUCUUUUGCCGACUGUUUUCGAAAGCGUAUGAAAUGACAGCCGGGUUCGUAGGUCCGCAACGAAAUCGCCGUGCUCAAGAGGGUUUCAAUGGGCCACCAGAACAUCCUGACGCUGGUGGACUACUUCGAGACGAUGAACAACCUGUACCUCGUCACCGACCUCGCACUGGGCGGCGAGCUGUUCGACCGCAUCUGUCGCAAGGGCUCGUACUACGAGAGCGACGCCGCAGACCUGAUCCGUGCGACCUUGUCGGCGGUGGCGUACCUCCACGACCACGGCAUCGUGCACCGAGACCUGAAGCCGGAGAACCUGCUCUUCCGCACACCGGAGGACAAUGCCGACUUGCUGAUCGCCGACUUUGGCCUCAGCCGCAUCAUGGACGAGGAGCAGUUCCACGUGCUGACGACGACGUGUGGCACGCCAAGCUACAUGGCACCCGAGAUCUUUAACAAGAGCGGGCACGGAAAACCAGUCGACAUCUGGGCAAUUGGCGUCAUCACGUACUUUCUUCUGUGCGGCUACACGCCGUUCGACAGAGACUCGAAUCUGGAGGAGAUGCAAGCCAUCAUGAUUGCCGACUACUCCUUCACGCCGGUCGAGUACUGGCGCGACGUGUCCGAGACGGCGCGGGACUUUAUCCGCCGCUGCCUGACGAUCGACCCGCACGCGCGCAUGACGGCGCACGAAGCGCUGAACCACCCGUGGAUCCGAGAAGAGGACGUGGCUGCGCCCAAGGCCAAGUCGGCGGAGAGCAAGGACGGCAAGGUCGAUCUGCUGCCGACGGUGCGCAAGAACUUCAACGCGAGGCUGAAGCUGCACGCGGCCAUCGACACCAUACGUGCCAUCAACCAGCUGCGCGCCGGCCAGGCUGCCGCCACCAUGAUGAAUGGAGCGAAGAGCGCCGAGCCGGAGCGAGGGCAGCCUGGACCGCCGCUUCCUGCGCAGCCGAAGGAGGAGAUGGAGGGACUGGAGGCCACCGGCGAGCUUGGCAGCACCGACGUGUCGCAGGCGGCAGAGGCGGCUGCCAAGAGCGCACAAGAUCGGAUGGACAUCGACCCACGAGGCCAUGGCCGCGGCCAGACAGAGGAGCAGAUCAAGGAGCAAGAGCGAAGGAUUCAAGAGACGACUGCCAGCCUUUGGGGUAGGCGAUGAUCUCGCAAAUCGUGCACCUCCAUCCUGCUUCUGCCGCUGCCGCUGCCACUGCCGCCGCCGUCGCCGCCGUCGCUGCUGCUGUGCUCGUGUCGGCGAUGUUGACGACGUUGCCGCCAUGCGUCUCUUAGCAACCACGCGAGUGGGGAGAGGGGGUAACCAAGGUAAGCCGGUCAGGCCGAACGGACAGGAACAAAACCCCAAGGGCAGACUUCUUUGGAGAAGCAAAAGGGCGGGGAAGAGAACGUGUCGUUGAUCACCCCCCUCCCUUUUCACCCUUUUUUCCCCUUUUUCCCUCCUCCUCCUUCUCUCCCUCUUCCUUUUCUUCGUUUUCUUUCAUAUGACAUCCGCCUGCGUCAUGUACAUGUUCACGCGCGAUACGAUGCCGACGACGACGACGACGAUGACGACAAUGAGGAUCAAAGACGAAAAGGUACUUGGAUACCCUGUUCCCUUUUCCCACCCCCGCCCCCUUUUUUGGGACGAAUGGUAGAGCACGAGACGAAGAGGAAUAAUCUUUUUUUUUGGUUUGUUUGUUUUAAUUUGGAAAAGAGAGAAAAAAAAAUUAUUGCGUCACAGACAGACUAUUGACUUUUAUCCAUUUUCAACCCGGUUUUUCCCCUUUUCUGCUUUCUUUCAUCUGUUUUUUAUUCUUUCUUUCUUUUUUUUUCUCUCUCUCUCUC